AUGGUGGACAAGAAGGAAAUUUUCAACUUUUAUUAUGUUACUUAUCAACAAUAUUAUAAUGAUCAUUUUCAUCAGCUUAGUUUUAAAAUAAUAACACAAAUCACAACUACUGAAUAUGAUGAUGAUGAUGAUGAUGAUGAUGAUGAUGAUGAUGAUGAUGAUGAUGAUGAUGAUGAUGAUGAUGAUGAUGAUGAUGAUGAUGAUGAUGAUGAUGAUGAUGAUGAUGAUGAUGAUGAUGAUGAUGAUGAUGAUGAUGAUGAUGAUGAUGAUGAUGAUGAUGAUGAUGAUGAUGAUGAUGAUGAUGAUGAUGAUGAUGAUGAACAUGAUGAUUUACCAUCAAAUCAGUGA